CGAAACUAUUUGCGGACACCAAAAUACGCAACAUGAGGUCAGCAAUGUGCGCGGGAAGUAAAAAUAAAUCCUGAAACUGUUCUGAAUGCAGCCAUCAUAAGACGACGUUCGCGCGCGCCAUCAUUCGCUAGCUCACAGGCUGCAGAUUGUACGCGAUGCUGUGUUUUGCAUCUUCAGUCGUGCCAUCGAGAUGAGUGUGUAUCACGAUGAGAUCGAAAUCGAAGAUUUCGAGUACGAUGAGGAGGAAGAGAUGUACUACUACCCAUGCCCGUGCGGGGACCGAUUCCAGAUCAGCCGCGAAGAGCUAAUAGCCGGCGAAGAAAUAGCCACCUGCCCCAGCUGCUCGCUGAUAGUGAAAGUAAUUUACGACCCGGACGCCUUCGCAGCCGAACAGGACGAGGCCGAAGUGAAUAGUAAUGCGGUGGUGGAACAGUUGGAGAAAAACUAAACGUACGAGGGAGAAAUGUUAUUAGUGUAAGCAGAAAUGUUUAUGGUAUAAGUAAAAACCAUGCUUAGCAGAGUAAGCAUCUUGUUUUUCUUUCUUUUGGGUUCUAUUGUUUGUAUCCAUUUUUAAAGAUGUUGUUUUAUUAAAAGAAAUCGGAUAAAGAUGUUAGCAAUUGGGUUUAAAAAAUAACAUUUGUACAUUAAUCAGCGACACCAAAAGAACCAUAAAAACGUUCAAAACAUUAAAUUACAAU